AUGAAGGCCAUAAUUCUCGUCGGCGGCUUUGGCACGCGUUUGCGGCCUCUGACCUUGACUAUGCCUAAGCCUUUGGUCGAGUUCGCGAACAAGCCUAUGAUUCUCCACCAGAUCGAGGCUCUGGCUGCUGUCGGUGUUACUGACGUGGUCCUUGCUGUCAACUACCGCCCGGAGAUCAUGGAGAGAGUGUUGAAAGAGCAUGAAGCUUCUCUUGGUGUUAAGAUUCAUUUCUCUCUAGAGAAUGAACCUCUUGGCACAGCUGGCCCUCUCAAGCUGGCAGAAGAGAUCCUCGCUAAGGACGACUCGCCUUUCUUCGUUCUAAACUCCGAUGUCACCUGCGAAUUCCCUUUCCAGCAACUUGCUGAUUUCCACAAGGCCCACGGCGAGGAGGGUACGAUUGUUGUUACCAAGGUGGAAGAACCCUCCAAAUAUGGUGUCAUUGUACACAAGCCAAACCACCCCUCACGAAUUGACCGAUUCGUGGAGAAGCCUGUUGAAUUCGUUGGCAACCGUAUUAAUGCCGGUCUCUACAUGCUGAAUGUCUCGGUGCUCCAGCGCAUUGAGAAGAACCGACCUACGUCUAUCGAGCAGGAAACUUUCCCAGCAAUCGUUCGCGAUGGUCAACUGCACUCUUUCGACCUGGAGGGUUUCUGGAUGGAUGUCGGUCAACCCAAGGACUUCUUGACUGGUACCUGUCUAUAUCUCUCAUCCUUGUCCAAGAAGAAGUCGCCCCUGCUUGCUUCGCCGUCAGAGAGCUACGUCUACGGUGGCAAUGUCAUGGUUGACGAGACUGCCAAGAUUGGCAAGAACUGCCGUAUUGGCCCCAAUGUCGUCAUUGGUAAGAACGUUGUCAUUGGCGAUGGUGUACGUCUACAAAGAUGCACACUUCUCCCCGGAUCCAAGGUCAAGGACCAUGCUUGGAUCAAGAGCACGAUUGUUGGCUGGAACAGCACCGUUGGCAAGUGGGCUCGUCUUGAGAACGUGACAGUUCUCGGUGACGACGUUACCAUUGGCGACGAGAUCUACGUCAAUGGCGGUAGCGUCCUCCCCCACAAGAGCAUCAAGGCAAAUGUUGAUGUUCCUGCCAUUAUUAUGUAA